AUGAAGCCUAUCGCAGACCCUCGCCUCAAUCUCCUCACGGUCUUGAACGUCCAGUCCGCACGACCAACAGGCUCGACGGGCAAGCGACCAGCCGUGUCUCACGCAACGACACGGGACUGGCACGCCAUUGCGCGCAAAGCGCAGAAGAAGGCGAAGGGAGCGAGUGCGGGUGCUGAGAGGGCGAGGAGGGCUCUCGCGGACAAGGUGGACGAGGCGGCCGAGGUGAUUGAGGAGCAGGAGGACGCUCAGACGGACGAUGCGAAGGUCGGAGCGGAGGACGCGGCGUUCUCGGAUGCGGAUUCCGACGACGAAGCUGCACCUUCGCCUUCCUCGUCCGUCGCCAAAGACCCCUUUGCGGCCCACUUUGGCCCCAACUCGGCGCUCGUUGAAGGAAAGGAGGUAUCGCAGCUGGAGGAAGAGGAGAAGAAGUGGAGCAAGGGGAAGAGCGUCUUGCCCGGUGCAGGAGAGGUCGCCUGGACGCGGCCAGACGGCGUCGAGUCGGCGGUCAAGGGCGAGGAGGAGGCGUUGCAGGCGUACAACGCGAAACUGGUCGAGAAACUUCGCGCUUCGUCCGGCCGCACCUCGGUUCCUCCGACCCAGGCCGCCUGGCUCCGCACGCUCUCGACGUGCCAGGACGUCCUCUUCCCGAAGGUCGAGGUCGGCAGCGACGAGCAUGACGCGAUUCGCGAGGCUUGCGCGAUGCAUGCUAUGAACCACGUGCUCAAGACCCGCUCGCGCAUCCUCAAGAAUAACGAGUUCCUCGCCCGCUCGGCCCUUGACCCCUCCUCUCCCUCUUCCACCCCUCGCAACACCCAAGACCAGUCCUUCACCCGCCCGAAAGUCCUUCUCCUCACGCCCUUCCGCAACUCUGCCCUCUCAUGGGUCCAACACCUCGUCUCGUACCUCCCCCCAACCACCUCCCUCAUCGAAUCCUACCCUCGCUUCGUCUCGGAAUACUCCCUUCCCGAUGGCGCCUCCGACAAACUCGUCGAAAGGGCCGACGAGUACCCACGCGAUCAUGUUGAGACUUUCAAGGGCAACAUUGAUGACACGUUCCGCUGCGGCAUCAAGGUGACGAGGAAGGCGGCGAAAAUGUUUAGCGAGUUUUAUCAGGCGGACGUGAUUGUGGCGAGUCCGUUGGGAUUGAGGACGAGUAUCGAGAAGGAUGGCGACUCGGACUUCCUCUCGUCCAUCGAAAUCCUCCUCGUCGACCAGAUGGACGUGAUGCUCAUGCAGAACUGGGAGCAUGUUCAGUUCGUGAUGGAGCGGCUUAACAAGAUGCCUGAGGAGGAUCACGGCUGCGACUUCUCGCGCGUCAAGCCCUGGUACCUCGACGGAAAAGCCGCCCACCUCCGCCAGUCCAUCCUCCUCUCCUCGCUCGACUCGCCCGAACUGCGCGCCCUCUUCACCCGAUCCUGCCACAACCGAUCCGGCAAGCUUCGGGCGAUCCCGCGAGCACCGAAUAACGGCGAGGGAGUGCUCGGGAUGGUACCGAGGGGGCUGAGGCAGGUUUGGAGCAGGUUUGAGGGUGGCGAGGUUUGGGAGGAGGACGAGAAGCGGUUCGAGUUCUUCACGUCCAAGACCCUCCCGACCCUGCUCAAAUCCGCCGUCUCGUCCUCCCAAACCCUCAUAUUCGUCCCCUCCUACUUCGACUUUGUCCGCGUCAAGCGCUACCUCCAGAAGAACAUUUCCCAGCUCGGCUCCGACUUCUCGUUCGCAGCCAUCUCUGAGUACUCCGACACGCCUGAAAUUUCGAGGGCACGGGGCGCGUUCUUCCAGGGCAAGAAGAAGUUCUUGUUGGUGACGGAGCGGUUCCAUUUCUUCCGUCGCUACCGCCUGCGAGGCGCCAAGACCUUCGUCUUCUACGCACCGCCCAUCCACCCGCUCUACUACCCAGAGGUUCUCGCCUUCCCCUUCACCGCGCCCUCCUCCCUUUCCUCUUUCCAGCCAUCCGGCGAUGCAGACGUCGACGAGAGCGAGCUUUCCGCGCACGUCCUCUUCUCCAAGUACGACGUCUUGCGGGUUGAGCGGAUUGUUGGGACCAAGGAUGCGAGGAGGAUGUGUGGACUUGACGCGGAGGGCGAGAGCGGUGAGAGGAGGUUCACCUUUGUGUAG